UAAUUCUGAAAUCUUAAACCGAAAGUCGAACUACGCAUGUGUAAAUUUUCUGUUUGUUUUAGUAUAUGUCAUUCUAUUUUUCAGUCGAUGACUUAGGUUUAAGUGUAUUUCCGAAGUUAAUUAUCAGGGACAUUCAGUAUGUUUGGUUUUGGUCAGAUGUUCCCAGAGAUGGGAAGGAGUUUUAACCAGACAUACCGAUGUUAUUCUGUCACUAUGCUUGGAGAAAGAGAUGACGUGGAACGAGGAGGAAAAAUAAUUAUGCCUCCAUCAGCACUAGAUCAGCUAACUCGAUUACACAUUCAGUAUCCAAUGCUUUUCAAGCUGACAAACAAGAAAAAGAACCGAGAAACUCACUGUGGAGUUCUAGAGUUUGUAGCUGAUGAGGGAAGAAUCUACAUUCCUUAUUGGAUGAUGACAAAUUUGUUAUUAACAGAGGGAGAUCUGAUUCAAGUGGAAAAUGUUUCCCUGAAAGUCGCCACGUUUGCCAGAUUUCAGCCACAAUCUGUGGACUUUCUUGACAUCACUAACCCUAAAGCUGUAUUGGAAAAUAUGCUUCGAAGUUUUGCCUGCUUGACA